AAUGGCUCACUGUUUUCCGCCUCGUCCCUCCCCAAUAAAUUCCCCCCCUUCCACGCCCUUCUCCUCCUCAUUCCUCCAUUCACAUUCGUCAUCUGUCUAUUCUGCCGUUUAUCGCGGAUAUCUGCGGUCCUCUCCGAACCCCUUUAGCCUCCGGCGGUUAUCCCAGCUCCCAGGGGCCGUCAAGGUUGGGUCCGGUGAUCUGAGGAAGGGGAGGUUUGCAUAUUGGGAAGCGAAAAUGACGAUCAAACCAGCGGUUAAGAUAUCUGAUCGCAACCUCUCGGUGAAGGGGAGGAGCAUUCUGUUGGAUGUGCCUGAAAAUGUACUGCUCUCUUCCGCUUCCGCCUCUGGUCCGGCUGAGGGAGUGUUUGUUGGUGCCUUCUUCAACGAUAGUUGCAGUCGCCAAUUAGUCCCUCUCGGGACCCUCAGGGAGGUGCGGUUCCUGUCGUGCUUCAGGUUCAAACUGUGGUGGAUGGCCCAAAAGAUGGGCACCUGCGGCGGAGAUGUCCCCCAGGAGACCCAAUUCAUGCUAGUGGAAACCGCUCAAUCCGAAGAUUCAAACGAGCCCAUCUACGCAGUCUUCCUCCCUCUCCUCGAGGGCCCAUUCAGAGCUUCUCUUCAGGGCAAUGAGAGAGACGAGCUGGCUCUCUGCAUUGAGAGCGGCGACCCGGCCGUCAAAACUCCAUCUUCUCUCACUCACACGCUCUUUGUUACGGCCGGCUCCGAUCCUUUUGCGACCAUAGCGGAUGCCUUCCGCGCUGUGAAGCAGCACCUCAAGACAUUCCACCUGCGCACCGAGAAGAAGGUCCCCGGAAUCGUGGACUGGUUUGGGUGGUGCACCUGGGAUGCCUUUUACCAGGACGUCACGGCUGAGGGUGUUGCAGCUGGCCUGGAGAGCCUGUCAUCAGGGGAAACGCCACCCAAAUUCCUCAUAAUCGACGAUGGAUGGCAAUCGGUCGGGGUUGACCGGCCCCAGGAGGAAGCCAAACAGCUCCAACGCCUCACCGGCAUCAGAGCAAACCACAAGUUCCAGAACGACGUUCAGGGCAUUGAGCACAUCGUCCAGGUUGCCAAGAAGAAGCACGGCCUCAAAUAUGUAUAUGUUUGGCAUGCCAUCACCGGCUACUGGGGAGGCGUCAAGCCUGGCAUCAAAGACAUGGAGCACUACGGCUCCGCCAUGCAAUACCCAGCCAUCUCCCCUGGCGUUGUGAACAACGAGCCCUGGCUCCAGACCGAUAUCAUAACGACCCAGGGGCUGGGCUUGGUGAACCCAAAGAAUGUGUAUCAGUUUUACAAUGAGCUGCACUCCUACUUGGCGGAGGCCGGGAUCGAUGGUGUCAAGGUGGAUGCUCAGUGCAUACUUGAGACCUUGGGCGUGGGGCUUGGAGGGCGAGUCCAAUUGACCAGGCAGUAUCACCAGGCUCUCGAUGCAUCUGUCGCCCGGAAUUUUCCCGAUAAUGGCUGCAUCGCCUGCAUGAGCCAUAACACUGAUGCCCUCUACUGCUCGAAGCAGACUGCGGUGGUGAGGGCGUCCGACGAUUUCUUCCCCAGAGAUGCAGUUUCCCACACCAUCCACAUCGCCGCGGUUGCCUACAAUUCUGUGUUCCUGGGGGAGAUUAUGCUCCCAGACUGGGACAUGUUCCACUCCCUCCAUCCGGCCGGCGAGUAUCACGCUGCCGCCAGAGCCAUCAGCGGCGGACCUGUUUAUGUCAGUGAUUCUCCGGGAAAGCACAACUUCGAUCUGUUGAGAAAGAUUGUUUUACCGGAUGGAAGCAUUCUGCGAGCACGCCUUCCCGGCCGCCCUACUCAGGAUUGCUUGUUUGCCGACCCCGCUCGUGAUGGAGUUAGCUUGCUGAAGAUUUGGAACAUGAACAAAUUCACUGGAGUUUUGGGGGUGUUCAACUGCCAAGGUGCGGCGUGGAGCAGCGUGGACAAGAAGAAUGUUUUCCAUGAGACCCAAACCAAGACACUCACCGCAUCUGUCAGACCUGGCGACAUUCAUCUCUUGCCUGAGGCCGCCCAUGAUGAUUGGAACGGAGACUGCAUUGUCUACAGUCACAAAGGAGAACUGAUUCGCCUUCCCAAGAGUGCAUCUCUGCCUGUUUCUCUCCAAGUCCUUGAACACGAGACCUACACCGUUACUCCUAUAAAGGCUUUGGGCGGUGGGUUUGCAUUUGCUCCAUUGGGGCUCAUCGACAUGAUCAAUGCUGGAGGUGCAAUUGAAAGUUUGACAUACGAAAUUAACAGUAGAGUGGAAUUGGAAGCUGACUUUGGUGCAGUGGAAGGGGAAAUGAGGGGCUUGUCUCUUGAGAACAAAGGCAAUGAACCCAUCGCCACAGUAAAGUUGCAGGUCAAGGGGUGCGGUAGGUUCGGUGCUUACUCGCCGUCCAAGCCCAGGUCCUGCUCAGUGGGUUCAGAGGAGGUUGGGUUCUCUUACGAUUCAGCCACUGGCCUUCUCACUCUAAACUUGGAGAUGCCAAAAACUGGACGGUUCCAUGAUGUGGUCAUCCAAAUUUAGAGAGAGAAGGUAGGGUUCAAGUAGAGAGAGGAAAUAAGAUGAGAGAGAAAAGAUAGAGAGAAAAGAUAGAAGAGAAAUGGGGUUUUUUCCUUUCCUUGUAUGGGAGGAAUUUGUAGUAAGAGAAUGUAGGAAAUAAUUGUAACGGGGAAGUAGCUCGGGCAUUCCCCUCUUUUAAGGUGGAUAUAUCUUUUCUGUGUAUUAAAUUGGGUUUUCUAAAAAAUUAGGGCAUUCUCCUUCUUGUAUGAGUAUAUUUCUUGUGAAUUCUCCUUCUCUUAUAUGAAUAUAUUUCUUGAGCA